AUGGGAAUUUUUCAAGCGGGUAUUUCUUGCAAAAUACGGGAAAAUGUCUUCAAAAGGAUUCUACGGUUUUUCCAGGCGGUCACCCAUCCAAGUACUAACCGAGCCCGACACUGCUUAACUUCAGUGAUCGGACGAGAACUGGUGCUUUCAACGUGGUAUGGCCGUAGACAUUCUAUGCGGAUUUUUUUAUCGGGUAUUUAUCGCCAAACACCGUAA